CUCUCUCUGGAAGGAGGGGCUACCCCGGGACACAAGCAAAGAAACGGGUUGGGGGAGGGGGAGUGAACGUAGGAGCCGCGGAGAUAUCUCCGCUAAAGCCCAGAGGAACAGAGUGGCUGCAACAGAGAUAGUCUGGGGACAAAGAGGAGCAAAACUGUCAGGACAAAGGCCGAGUAAUCCAAACCCUGGGAGGGCAGCGCUUCUACUACGGUUCUGUGGCCGCAAGAGUCUUCUCCAAGGGCCACCUUCUUGAGAAGUGGGUUUCCGUCCUCGGUGGUGACCGAGACACUCGGGGAAGCAAGCCCAGCUCUGCUGUCCUCCGAGGUGCUCCCGGGAGGGUGUACAGUGAGGCGCGCACUCGGGAAGCGCUGGGUCUGAUAACUCAGAGGGAGGGAGCUAACGCUGGAGCCCCGUGGGUGUUAAGACAGUCGAGGGAUAAUGGUCGAGGCUGGAACCGCGAUUUACAGAGACCUGGAACCCUUAAAGCCGAAAUGGCCUCAAAACGUCCCAUUGCCGAGCUGAGGUCCCAGCGUGCGCUCUCCUCGUGCGACCGCAGCUGGGACUCUUACAAGGCGAGCGGGUAUCCCUAGAGCCCAUCUUCAUCUGCGGGAGGUUGAGGCGAACGGCCCAGGCUCUCUGUCUAGGCGGCCGAAUCAUUUCUUUCGAGAGCUCACACUUCUCCAAAGGGUUUGAGAAGAUUUUCUCAGCAGUUUACUGAUCUAAACAUUUUAGGUCAAAAUUUGGUUCAAAUACAUUCAUUUUGUUAAAAAUAGGCUCCUGAGACUAUGGUCUGCCCCGUCUUUCCUAAGGACUCUAGAGAAAAGGUUUUUUUCUUAUUUACCGGAGGCAAAUUUUCCUUCUAACUGUUAGAGGGGGAAAAAAUUCUGGUCUGGUUGUCAUUGAUGCGGGCCACUGGACCCCGGUGCCAGUUGUUGGCCGGCUGGUCCUCCGUGGCCCGCAGCCAGGACACACUCACCUAGCAUGCUUUCGGCUGCUUUUCUUUCCGCGUCUUGAGAUGGGAAGCAGAAAGCGACGCGGGAGGCGGGUCGGGUCUCCGGAUCCAGCGAAUUCGACAUCUACUUGCUUUUGGUACCGAUCCAGGUCGGGGUCUCAGGAAAGUCCGAUAUUUCCUGCCCUUCUGGCCCAGGGUAGGGAGGCUCCGUCUGCGCUCUACAGCCCGGUCUGAAAGCCUAAUGUGCUGCGUUCCCGCCUCCCGGUCUGCGCUCGGGAAAGGUUUUUCACCCGGUAGCCCUGGACCCUCUCCAUCUGGCGUUUUCAUUUUAGGACACUGAUCUUUCCAGCUCAGGACCUUCCUGAGGGGAAGUAGCCCACAAGAACACCCCGAAGGCUUGGGUAUGGAAUUUCAGAGACAGCAACCGGGGAGAACUCUUGGUUGAGUUCGAAGAUGGGAUCGGGCGACCUAUGCCUAGUUCCAGGGGAGUCUGUCCUGGGUUCCAGGAGCACACAGCCUGCUUUCAGGCCUGUCUUGGUCGGGUGAAUUAGUAAGACCAGCAUCGGUCCGAGGCGCCGUCCAAGCCUCGCCGCACCGAACCAACCAGUUCAGGGCGCCGUUGCGCACUGUGGCCACUUGGGGUCGCACUUUAUGCCUGUUUGAACCUCCGUGCAGCCUUCAGAAGCUUGGAUCUGCUUAAUCCUUACAAAACGUUCAGACAAAAACAGGGCCGGUUCCUGAACCAGCAGCUCAGAGCAACUCGGUGCACCGACCAGUGUCGGUCUCGGCUCCGAGCCUCGCAGUUCUCAGGUUUCCAUAUGACUGGCCAGUGAAAGGUAUUCAGAGCCUUUGGGCAGACUCUUUCUUGUUUACCUUCUUUAGGAACAUUUUGGGGGUGGGGUGGGGGUUAAUGAACUGAACGGCGAGACCACUGGAGCUCUGUCUGUCUCAGAGCGCAGUCACCGAACCCGCCAGGAGAGGAACGGCGCCUCUUGUCCAGAGGAACCUUCCUAGAGGUUAAGAGUUAGGUCUGAACAGAACUCUUGGAGCCCCAGCCCCGCCCUCCCCCACCACAUACAUUUGCGCAGACCGCCAGAAACACAGGCUCGCACGACACACAUUCACUCGGCCCGCGGCGCCGAGGACAUAAGGAGCGUCGCCCACUGGGCGGGGGCCGCUUGGGAACAAAGGGCCGGGGAAGCGUCAUCCCGGCGCUUAUUCUGAGCCUACUUGAGGGUGACACGGGCCGAGGUGGGAGUGCAAAGAGUAUCUAGGGAGGUGUGAGUGCAGGCAGGGCGGGUGGGAACAGCGGCUUGGUCCAGAAGUGGGGCGCGCACGGAAGGCGAGUGUGCGGGGACCUCAACUCAGAGGGGGUUGGGGGUUGGGCCCAGGCCGGCCGUCCCACUCGGCUCCAGCCCUCCUCCGGGCCUCAGCGGCUUCGGGGAUCCUCCGGCCUCCAGUCAGCUGACGCGGGGGGCGGGGGAGCUGUCAGGCACGCCCCGCCCAUCGUCGCUGGGCCGCGGGGGCCGUGCAGCCAUUGGCCAACACGCCGGGCCGCUCGGGCCCCCGCGCUCCAGUGACAUCAGGAAGCGAUAAAAGGCGGCGGCGGCGCCAGCUCCUGCACAGCUGCACCGCCGUGCUGCGAGCGGCUGCAAGCAAGAAAGCCCUAGAGCCAAAGAGCCGGAGAGCGAGCGGCGGGCGCUUUGCCCCGCGCCUCCCCUCUGCCCCAACGCGCACCUCGCCUGCUUCUCCACCCCGCCCCAGCUCGACCCGACUCGGUCCCGGCGCGGCCGCAGCCCCGAGCUCCGGGGCAGCUCAGGCAGCCUCGGGAGGACUCUCCGGCGCGCCGCCGCGUCCCCAGACAAAGGCUUGGCCGGCGGCCCCGGCCCGCAGCGCCCUCGGCUCCCCGCCUCCCCGGCUUGCCGCUCUUCGCCCCCGCGUUUGGCUCGGCGCGUCCCGGCCGGCCGCAAAGUUUCCCCCGCGGCAGCGGCGGCUGAGCCUCGCUUUAGCGAUGGCCGCGGAGCUGAGCAUGGGGCCAGAGCUGCCCACCAGCCCGCUGGCCAUGGAGUACGUCAACGACUUCGACCUUCUCAAGUUCGACGUGAAGAAGGAGCCGCUGGGGCGUGCGGAGCGUCCCGGCCGGCCCUGCACACGCCUGCAGCCGGCUGGCUCGGUGUCGUCCACCCCGCUCAGCACACCGUGCAGCUCGGUGCCUUCUUCCCCCAGCUUCAGUCCGACUGAACAGAAGACUCAUCUCGAGGACCUGUACUGGAUGGCGAGCAACUACCAGCAGAUGAACCCCGAGGCGCUCAACCUGACACCCGAGGACGCCGUGGAGGCGCUCAUCGGUUCGCACCCAGUGCCACAGCCGCUGCAGAGCUUCGACGGCUUCCGUAGUGCGCACCACCACCACCACCACCACCACCCUCACCCUCACCACGGGUACCCAGGAGCCGGUGUGGCUCACGAUGAGCUGGGCCCGCACGCUCACCCGCACCAUCACCACCAUCACCAAGCGUCGCCGCCGCCGUCCAGCGCUGCCAGUCCGGCGCAACAGCUGCCCACCAGCCACCCCGGGCCGGGACCGCACGCAGCGGCCGCAGCGACGGCUGCAGGUGGCAACGGGAGCGUGGAGGACCGCUUCUCAGACGACCAGCUGGUGUCCAUGUCCGUGCGUGAGCUGAACCGCCACCUGCGGGGCUUCACCAAGGACGAGGUGAUCCGCCUGAAGCAGAAGCGGCGGACCCUGAAGAACCGGGGCUACGCCCAGUCGUGCAGGUAUAAACGCGUCCAGCAGAAACAUCACCUGGAGAACGAAAAGACGCAGCUCAUUCAGCAGGUGGAGCAGCUUAAGCAGGAGGUGUCCCGGCUGGCCCGAGAGAGAGACGCCUACAAGGUCAAGUGCGAGAAACUCGCCAACUCCGGCUUCAGGGAGGCGGGCUCCACCAGCGACAGCCCCUCCUCUCCCGAGUUCUUUCUGUGAGUCGUGGCGGGUCCCGGCCCCCGCCCUUACCCUGGCCCAGACUCCCUGUCCUGUGUCCCUAACCCUGGACUCCCUGUCCCUGCCAUGGCCCCGGCCUUGACCUGUUUGACUCGAGAGAGAGGGAGAGAAAGAGGGAGGAAGGACGCGCGGGCCGCGGGCGACGGGCGGGAGCGCGGGUGGGUAGGGAACCUUGGCUCAGAAGAGAGCGGCGCAGGCCAGCGCAGCCUGCUAGACUUGGGCAGAGUCAGAGAGACCCGGGCGGGUGGGAGGUCCCGGAGUUAACUUUUCUCCAGUCUGGAAGGCAGCGAGGCAUUUUCCAAGGAGUCGCCAAGGCCGUCUGGACACUUAUGGCUCUGGGAACUUUGUGAGUGCCAGGGCGGCCGAUUCGCAGUCCAGAGCUCAGUUCGCCCCAGGAAGAGCAGAGGAGGGGAGCGGAGAGGAGAGGGACUCUGGAGUCCCCGAGGGCGAGAGGCAAGGCUGAGCUAAGGAAGGAAGAACAGACAGAUCUGUCUGUCCAGAGUCCGGAGAACACUGGCUCUCAGCCGGAGACGCGGGCCUUAGGACAUUCGGCGCGCAAGGAAAAAAAAAAAAAUCUCAUCAGUUUUAUUGCCUGCUCGAUUAUAUAGAAAAAUACGAAAAUCUGCAUUAAAAAUAUUAAUCCUGCAUGCUGGACAUGUAUGGUAAUAAUUUCUAUUUUGUACCAUUUUCUUGUUUAACUUUAGCAUGUUGUUGAUCAUGGAUCAUAACUCCCUUGUUUCUUUGAGUGAGAAGGGAUGCAGUUCCAAAACUCCUGCAGCUGCGAGAGAGCGGAGUUUCAGUCGCCGGCCGGCUUGUAAAUUACCCGCCCGGCCAAACCACACUGAGAACGUAGCAGCAAGCUGAGUCUUUGUUUGGGUUCAUUAUUAUGGCAUUUUGUUUGUAAGUGAAAAUAAAAGAAAGAUAGAAAAACAGCCAACUCUGUCCUGGGGAACCUUUGGAAUUUGUCCCCUUUUCCUUCCCACUUUAGUUUUCUGUUUCGUUGGAGUUGAGGGAAAGAUUGGAAGGGAGAGACAACUGUGGACGUCCACACCUUGGGUGCAGGAGCGUGUCCUCUACCCUGUCUUCUGGCCAAAUUGCCCCCCCCCCAACCCCCAAGAAGAACAGAAAAGAGACCCGCUCCUCGGCUUUGCAUCCUGAGGAGUCAACCCAGGGCUGGCUUGGAAUCCUCCAGGAAGGCGCUAAUUGCAAGUCCCCUCCCCGAGAGCUUAGGGUGAAAGGAUUCCCCCCCACCUCUUGCUACUUGUCGAUGAAGACUUGCGCUCUCAUCGAACCAAAUGCCAUUCUCAGAAUGUACCAGAAACCCACACAUUGGCAAGCAAUGUUGCAACUUUCAAGUGCGUUCUUCAGACCGAUGCAUUCUGUGUCUCCCUGCUGUCGGGAUAGCAGGGAGAGUUUCUGGUGGUGUCCCACUCCCUUCGGUUGUACAGUAGUUAUAGGGGAGGCCUGGGUGUUUUUCUUUAUUGUUACUUUCAUUUCUGCGGGUCAGUAAAAGGAUUUAAGUUGCACUGACACAAAUACCAAAAUGAAAGCGUACUUUUUAAAGUUCCCAUCUGAAUUUGCUGGCGCUGCUGGCUGGAUGCUUUUUUUGUUUGUUUGUUUUUGAGUUUGUAUUAGUUGAUAAAUUUACAGUAAUAACAAGAUUGUAUGAACCGCAUGGUGCUUGCAGUUUUAAAUAUUGUGGAUAUUCGUCCUGCAUCGGAAACGAGCUUUGGUUUUUACUGAUUCAACUGUGUUGAAAUCAAACUUGCAGCAACGCAACAGAAAUUGUUUUUAAUUUCAUGUAAAAUAAGGGAUCAAUUUCAACCCCUGCUUAUGAUAUGAAAAUAUUAAAAUCUAGUCUUAUUGUAGUUUUAAUUCAGACUGGUUUCUGUUUUUUGAUUAUUAAAAUGGUUUCCUAUUUUGCUUAUUAAAACCAUGGAAAUGGUGUUUAUUUAGAGGA